AUGGGAGGGCGCGGGAAACACCAGGCGGGCCCGACGCGGGAGCACAAAUCGGCCGCAGAAACGAAGUCGGGAUUUGUCGCACUCCAGUUCCGCCUCCGCCUACCUCCCGCCGCGUGCCUCCCUCCUCCCACUUGGUCCCUCCUCGCCGUCGUUGGUAGGGCCGUAGGGGUCGUUGCUAGGGCUCCCCUUCUCCUUCGCGGGCGCAGAGGCCGCAGGCGCAAGGGCCGUCCGCAACAGAGGCCGGUCCAGGCACAGCCCCUCGACUGCGACAGAGGGCAGGCCGCUGGCGCAGGACAGGAGUCGACAACAGCAACACAGAGGCCGGUGCAGCCCCGCACUCGUUCUCUCCAGGAUGUCGGCUUCCGAAGCAGCAGCUGGUGCUGGUGCUGCAGCAGCGGCUCCGAAGCUACCGAUACUACCAACCACCUAAAGAGGAAAUCAUCUGAUAUAGGCUGGGAGGGGCGUCUCUGUGAUCCCAAUGACAAGAACAAAGUCAAGUGUCUUCUUUGUGGCCAUGAGAGUGCAGGAAUUAAUCGCCUUAAGCAGCAUCUUGCUCAUAGGGGCACUUCUAUUGCGAAGUGCCAAAAAGUUCCUGAUGAUGUUAAGCAAAAGUGCAUUCAGAAUCUUGAUGAAAUAGCAAAUAAGAAGAAAGGGAAGCAACAACGUGAUAAAGAGCUUAGGGAGAAUGUGCAACUUGCAACAGGUGAAGAGGAAGUGACAGAAGUUGAGUCACUUGCUGGAAGCUCAAGUACACCUCACAAGCUAGGACCCAUGGACAGAUUUACUCGUCCCAUUGAUCCCAAGUUAAGCAGUGCUGAAGCUAAGAGGCAACAGAACAUAAAUGAAGCACUUUGGAAAGAAAGAACUCACCAAGUGCAGCAAUAUGUUGCUAAAUGGGUAUAUACACAUGCUAUUCCAUUUAAUGCUUGUGAUAAUGAUGAGUUCAAAGAAAUGGUUGAAGCUAUUGGUCAAUUUGGUCCUGGUUUCCAACCUCCAACUCAGCAUGAUUAUCGGGGUAGAUUGUUGGAUGAGUAUGCAAGAACGAAGAGCUUGCUACAAGACCGUGAAGAUGAGAAGGUUAAGAAUGGCUGCUCCAUCAUGACUGAUGCAUGGACAGAUAUGAAGAGAAGAAGUAUUAUGAACCUGUGCACAAAUACUAGUGAGGGCACAACAUUUAUCAAGUCUGUGGGGAUGUCAGAUGUGUCACACACUAGUGAAGUUAUCUAUGAGCUCAUUGACAAGGCAAUUGAGGACGUAGGUGCUGAAAAUGUAGUGCAAGUUGUGACAGAUAAUGCCUCUAACAACAUGGGAGCAAAGGCAUUGCUGCACCUCAAGAGGCCAAACAUAUUUUGGACUUCUUGUGCAACUCAUACCAUCAAUCUGAUGCUGCAAGGUAUUGGCAACCUUGCAAAAUUCAAGAAGACAAUUGAUCUAGCAAAAUCAUUCACUAUCUUUGUCUAUGGUCACCACCGGACCCUGGCAUGUUUGAGGUCCUUCACCUUGAAGAGAGAAAUCAUAAGGCCAGGGGUAACCAGAUUUGCUACAGCCUAUCUUACACUGCAAAGCGAAGACCAAAAGGGCAAGGAUGCUACAGCCACAGUGUUGAACAUACAAUUUUGGAGAAAUGUGGCCCUUUGUUUGAAGGUCUUUGAGCCCUUGGUGAAAGUUCUACGUUUGGUUGAUGGGGAUGUGAAGCCAUCUAUGGGUUUUGUGUAUGGAGAACUUCUCAAGACAAAGAAGGAGAUCAAGGAGGCAUUUGGAAAUGUGGAAAGGAACUACAAAGAAGUGAUGGCUAUUGUUGAUAAGAAGAUGAAAGAUAGGCUUGAUUCUCCAUUACAGGUGGCUGCAUAUAUGCUGAAUCCUUACUACAGUUACAGCAAUCCAGCAAUCUUCAAUGAUUCAACAGUAGUGGAAAAAUUCAUGGAGUGUGUGGAGACCUUUUACUGUACAGAUGAUGACAAGGGAUAUAGGGCUGUUAAUGUAGACUUGGAACAGUUCCAGAAGAGACUAGGAAACUUCUCAAAGAAGCUGGCAAGGAGCUGCGAACGCUUCGAGUUCAACCCGGCAUCUUGGUGGAGGCUUUAUGGAGGUGGAGCACCAGAUUUGCAAUAUAUGGCUAUUAGAAUCCUCUCACUGACUUCUAGCUCAUCUGGAUGUGAAAGGAAUUGGAGCAUAUUUGAACAGCAUCAUACAAAGAGAAGGAAUAGGCUGACAACAGAGCGCCUCAACUCUCUGGUAUUCAUCCAAUUCAAUAAUAAAUUGAUGUCCAAGAAGGAGAAAAUUAAAAGAAAGAGUAACUAUGAAGUGCUCCUAAGUAGUGAUGCUUCUGAAGCUCAAGGAUUUUUCUAUGAGGGAGGGGAUGAUCAUGCAUUGGUUGUCUUCAGGGAUGAGGAAGAUGAGCUAGAACAAAUGCCGGAGACAGGGAUACCAUGGAGUGUCCUUGGAGAUGCAAUGGGAACUAAUGAACAGCUUCAACCUCGAAGGAGUGCAAGAGUGGCUAGAGAGGUGGAUGAAGAAGAGUGGGAAUCUGAUCCUGAAGAUCCUGACUAUCAAGAUGAUGACAUUGCCUAUGAGGAUGAUGAGGAUGAAGAAGCAAUUCUAAAUUGCAAUGCAUUUAUGGAGUGA